AUGUCAGAAGAUUAUAUUCAGGCAUAUUAUGUGACUAAAGAUAAGAAAAACAAUUUAGUCUCUGUAGGAAGGUUUUAUUUAAAUGACAAUCAGGAGUUAGAUGGAACUUUCAUUUCAAUAUGCCCAAUAUUAAAUACUGAUUCGCCAUAUUUUUGGUUAUUAGCCAUCACAAAUAGAGGGUAUCGUGGUUAUUUUACAUGUUAUACUGAUGGUGAUUCAUGGCCACCUUCUAAUAUAUCUGUCGAAGAAUUAAGGAGAAAAAAACCUAAUGGUUUAUAUUUGGUUGAAUCACACAAACCACCAGAAGAAAUUUUGCAAAAGUUUCAACAAAAACUAAUUUCAACUCAAUACUUUAUUCCUUCACGAAAAUUUCUUUUUUAUACAUCAGAGGGGAUAGAAAUUUGGACCAAGAAGAUGCCUGUUGAACAAUUAAAAGACCUAUUCGCAAAGAAUGCUGGUACGCAACUAUUAAAUGAUUUUCGUGAAAACUAUCAACAUAUAGAGAUAUGCUCAAUGUGUUUCUUAUUAACAAAUGAUGAGGAUUCUAACAGAUUAUUAAAUUUCUACAAACCACGAAAUUAUCAUUUAUAUUUUGGUUUCGUCUUAUUUUUAUCAAGAACGCUUAGACCUAUUUGGAAAAAAAAAGUUCUUAGAAAAGUUUUCAAUGGAAAUAUUUUGGAAAGCGUAGAUGCAAACAUUCCAAAAGAAAUUCUUGUUAGCAUAGAAAAUAAAUUGAAAAGGGUGAAACGAUUUUGUGAUAAUUAUUCAUAUUUAGCUCAAAAAAAAUCUCCGCCAUUAUCAAGCUUAUUAUCGACUCCGAAUCUAUUAUCAUCAUCACCAUCAUUAGUGCCUUUAUUGCAAAUAUUAGACAGAGAUGAAAAUCCUUCAACUACACAACAGCAGAAACAAGAUUAUUCUUUUCCUGAAUCAAAAGAUCUUGACGAUUUUCUUUGUAUAAUUUCCAACGCUAUUUCAUUUAUAAUAUUGAUGAUUGAUUAUGGUUUGUCAAAAGCUUUUGAAAAAAUUCCAGAAAGUUCACAAAAGGUCAUCAUUGAUUCAACAUAUGACCAAUUAAUUCUUGAUGAGGAAGAUGAUCUUUUGCAGAAUUCAUUGAAAAAAUUGUCAAAUUCUUGGGAAAUUAUAACAUUUGGUACGUUGGUUGAUAUAUGUCAAGAAUACAGAGAUUUAGAUUUUUAUGAAGGAGCUAUGGAUUUAUUGAUUACAGAGUUAACCUCAACAACUAAAGGACAAUUAAAAAGUCAACGAAAUCUACUAAUUAGAUUGAUAAUUGAUACAUUAAAAGAUGCUGAAAAUGAUGACAAAGAAUUAAUAUUUGUAAUUUAUGAUGAAUUUUUAAAAUCAAAUACUAUUCAAAAACUUUUUGAUCAACCAACACCAUCCCUCCAAGAAUAUUUAAAAUCAUCAAUGAAUGAGAGCCUAACUUCGAUUCAUGUAUUAAAAAAAACAAAAGCAUUAAGCAAAUUUUGUAUUAUUCACCAUCAAUAUAUCGAGGCAGCUGAGGUUCUGAUUCGAUUAGCCGAAACAACAACAUAUGAAAAAUUGAAAUUACAUGAGCGAACAUCAUAUUUAAUUAAAGCGAGACAACAAAUUAUAAACGCGAUUGAACUGUAUGGUAGUCGGGGCGAUGAGAAUAGUAUCAAGUUAAACGAUUUAUUAGAAAGAUACUGGCAAGAAUUGAUUGAUGGAGAAAAAUUGUUAUACGAUUUUGUUUUACCGUAUGAAUUGUUUGAACAAGAAUUGGAAUUGAUACGUUUGAUUGAUAAAACACCGAGUCCCGCGGUGUUGGAAAAAAUAUGGAGAAAAAUUAUGGAGAAUGCAGUAAAUGUUGCCUAUGCAACUGGAUCUUUGGAGCCAAUAUCUAUAAAAAUAAUAGAAGCCGGAACACAUGAAUUAGUAUUUAAUGAUGGUUAUAUUACAAAUUUAUUUAGAGAAAUUAAUAUUAAAUACAGAUUGAAAUUAUUGUUGGACGAGAUAGUAUAUUUGCUUUAUAAAUGGAUAGAUGAUAAGGUGGAAAGUAAAGAUAUGGAUAUUAGGAAGAUGCUUCAAUUGAUUUCAAAAUAUGAACACGCAGCUAGCAGUUAUCAUCGAAUAUUUCAACAGGAUUUGUCAUUCAAAUUUUUAGAUAUUCAACAAAAACUUGAAAAUAUAGAAAUGAAGAGUUAUUUGUAUACUAGUUGA